AUGGAUGUUACAUUUGACAUAGUUUCAGUUUUCCGUUUCCCUCAGUCACCUCUUCUCCGUCUCUCUCUCUGUCUGCUUCUCUUCUCUCAGACGCAGCAGACCACGCCUCCGCUCCUUGCCGUCGACAACGACAAUCACGCAGCGCACACCUCAAAUUUCAAAUUUCAAUCAAAUUUGUGUCGCAGCAGCCGCCUCUAG